GAUUAAGAAAUGCAGGUUCUACGGAUCCUUCUGCAUAUUUUGACUUCAACUGGGAAAGCCGUCCCAUCUCGAUUCGAGCAUGUAUGUAUGUACUCCAUUUGCAUGAACUGAUAAGGACGGAGUCAUGAGCCGCGACGAGUUGACGCAAUCAGCUAGUGUUGGAACUACAAUUGAUUCGAUCAUCAACAUUGUAAAUAAACUACAUUCAGCUAUACAACUUCAAGAUACUGAUGAAUCAGUAAAAGGAGAACAUACUCAGGAGCAUGUGUUACCUUCCUCUAAGAGCAUUGAUGUUGAAAUCCGAAGGGAAGAAGAAACAUUGGGGACGCAGCAAAAAAGUGGAGGAGCUAGUUUGGAAAGAAGUAAAAGUGCGCCUCCUCAGACUCCCACUGAUCUUUUGAAUCCGAUUCGUAAGCUACAGAUUGCUCUUCGUCGCUUAAAGCGUAAAGUAAGAUAUAUGAAGAGACUUCAGUUAGAUGUGGAUAAACAACUGGAUUUGCUUAAUGGUGAGGUUAAUAGAGUGGAACCCUCUGAUAGGAGUUUAACCAGUAAAGACUUGACAGUUAUCACCGCCAAGGUUUUUAACUUGAUAAGGAAGGUCCCUAUGUCGUCUGAGAGGCAGAAACAGAAGAAAGCAGCACCAGAUGAUCAGGACGGCGACACUAUUAAAAAACGCAUUGUUUGCUUGCCCGGCAUCCAUGCAAAUGAAGAAGUUCUCAAAAGGCUCGCGUUUUUCAGAGAUGUAAAACGAAAAUUCGAGGGUCUUAAAGAUGAUGAACAGAGGAUCUGCCUGCUGAGCUUCGCUGUGUUCCCGGAGAACAAAGAGGUGGAUAGAAAAAUGCUGAUGUAUUGGUGGAUGGGGGAGGGAAUUCUGACUGUUUCAGAAGCUGAAGGUAAAGUGAAAGAGAUCCUUAAUAAUUUCAGGGAGGAGAACUUGAUUGAACCAGUUGAAAACAAACGAAAACUGGAGCCAAGUAGCUAUAAGAUGAACCCUUUUGUGCAUGCUUCACUGGUUCUCAUCUCCAAGAAGAUAGGGCUUUUUGAUAUGUAUGAUGAAAAGGAGAAGCCAAAUAUGCAGAAGUCGGACUUGAACAAGGUCUGCCUUGUGGAAGGGUCGUCAUUCCAAGAGGAAGCAAAAAGUAGAACAAAACUGGAUCCAGAAAACAUCGAAACAGUGUUCAAUGUUUCUGAAAGGUUCCCGGAAUUCACACGCAAGUGGUUCACACGUAUGAAGAAGCUCAAAGUCCUUUAUCUGGGUAGGUGGGAGAGAAUCGACCCCGAGGCUGAAAUGGAGAGGGAGAGAACCGACCAAGAGAUCGAAAUGGAUAGCCGCCGAGUUAUGAAAGAUUUGGGUUCCUUGACGAGGUUAAGGUUUUUGAGUUUUCAAGGUAUCUCAACCAUUAACAGCCUCAGCCGUUCUGCUUGCAAGCUCAACAAGCUUGUAAUCUUGGACCUCAGGCACUGCUAUAACAUGGAGCAGCUUCCAGAUGCCAUACAUAAGCUCAAGAAUCUAGUCUACUUGGAUUUGACUGGCUGUGAGGCCUUAGAGAGCAUUCCUGUUGGAUUGUCUAGGCUAGCCAAUCUAGAGGUCCUCAAGGGAUUUGUGCUUGGUGAUGCUGAUACAGCAAAAACCUGUAAACUGGCUGCUCUGAAGCGCUUAAUGAAUCUUAGAAAGCUUAGUGUUACCGUACACCGAGAAGGUUUUCCUUUGGAUAAGUUGAUAGAUGAUAUAAAAGAUUUCAAAGUACUGGAAAACCUGAAAGUGCGGUGGGGAAGCAAAGUUAUCCUAAAAAAGAAGCACCCAAACAAAGAUGAGAAAGACGAGCAGGAGGAGGAUGAGCGAAGUUGGCGUGAUAUUAAGGAACUUCCAAUACAGUUAAAGAAGCUGUCCCUGCAGCGGUUUCCUGAUAGGGAACUCCCAAAGUGGCUUUGGCCUCAGAACCUUCGUUACCUGGAAAAGCUCCACCUUGGAAGUUCGAAACGUGUCAAAGGAUUUGGUACCUUACCAGGAGAGCCAACAAAAUGUCCUGUUGGGGUUUUGCGUCUCACGUCACUGAUAAAGCUAAAAGUGGAAUGGAGAGAGCUGAAUAAACUCUUCCCAAAUCUGAGGUUGUUGGAGAGCUAUGAGUGUCCCAGAGUAACAUUCUGCCCCUGUGAUCGAAACGGAAUCUGGAGACCUAAGAAGAUCUCUGAGAAGAAUGAUGGCUCAACGACAAUACUUUAAGAUCUGACGUCCCAAACUCUUAUAUUGAUUCAAUGACUCUUGUUUCAUAUUUGAAGACUUACUUGAUUGUGUUGUUUCCCAUUUUUAUAUUUCUCCGUUUCAAACGUUUGCGAGAAUGAGCUUUUAAAAAGUAAGUGAUUUCAAGCGA